GCAGUAACAGAAGCAACCAAUUGUACUUGGCUCUACGUACUUGUUUACUUACAAAAGCAGCCAUUUUUCCUCAUCUCCUAGACUCCUUCCACAUUUCAAUCUAAUUCCUUCCCACAUCACCACCGUCCAUAAAAUCACCAAACUUCUUCACAGAAACCAAACGGCUGAGAAUAAGCAGGUUACAGUCAUUACAUGCACGUUAAGUUUGGUGACGAUUAAUAGAGAAAUAAAUGAAGCCAAAUACGAAUUCCCCUCUUUAAAGGCUGUGACGUCACAUCGUAGUCGAAAUCAGGAACACAAAAGCCGUAUUGUUCAUCGAGAGUAUUUUUGUCUGUCUGCGUUUCAGCGCCAACACAUCGGGUUUCUAUCCAACCGUUUCAAUCUUGAUUUUAACGUAGUUUAGAGUUCCAUAUAUGUGCUUUACUGUGACUGUAGCCAUCUGAAUUAGCAACAAUGAGUUUGAGAAACUGUAUUUGACAAUUGUGUGCACGACACGUAGGACCAGGUGCAAAUUAGCCAAGUGAUUUGGAGGGUUUUGAUACUAUGUCUUCAUCUUUUCCUGUUCUUCCUACUCAUACUGGAGAGAAGUAUCCCAAAUUGCCCAACUCUUGUCAAAUUUCCUCAGAGAAAGAACAUAUGACUAAUCCCAUAUUCCCACAGCCAUCUCCUUCAGCUCACAACUGUGCAACUGCUGGGCACUCAUUUUCACCGUCUUCCAGAAUUCCUAAUGAUAUGCUUGUUUCUUCUGUUUCACCCAAUGAAAGGAAUUCCCAAAAUUUUCCUUUCAUUUCUCAAUUGUCAACAGGGCGAACAACAUUGCCACCAGCCUAUUUUCCUCCUUCAGAAUCACAAUCUACAGCAUCGAUUGAUAUCCCUACGGAUAAUAAGGAUGUCUCAUGGUGUAUAGAUCCACUUCCAGAUUUUCUUCAUUUUCCUGAAAAUGCCGCUAUACAAACUGGACUGGUGGAAAGCAAUACUCGUAAUAUGGAAUCUGAGGAUCAUGAUAAGAGUGCCGAGUGGGAGGAGUGGGCUGAUCAAUUGAUCUCUGUUGAGGAUGGUCUGGACCCUAAUUGGAGCGAAAUUCUUGCCAAUGUUGAUGCUGCCGAGGCAAGACUGAAGGUGCUGAAACCAUCUACAAAUCUCUCGGUGAAACAAUCCCAAAUCCAUCAGCAUCAGCCUGUGUCAAGUGAAGAAUUUCACACUGUUGCUAAUCCAUUAUCUGCAGCACCCCAAACCAAAUCCAGAAUGCGAUGGACUCCAGAACUUCAUGAGGCUUUCAUAGAGGCUGUUAAUCAGCUGGGGGGAAGUGAACGAGCGACUCCAAAGGGCGUUUUAAAGGUCAUGAAUGUUGAAGGCCUGACAAUCUAUCAUGUUAAAAGCCACCUGCAGAAAUAUAGAACAGCAAGACACAAGCCAGAGUCUUCAGAAGAAACAUCAGAGAAGAAAUCGACCCCUACUGAAGAGAUGAAGUCAUUGGAUUUGAAAACGACGAUGAGCAUCACCGAAGCAUUGCGAUUGCAGAUGGAAGUUCAGAAGCGGCUCCAUGAACAGCUUGAGAUUCAGAGAAAUUUGCAAUUGCGAAUUGAAGAACAGGGGAGGUAUCUUCAACAGAUGUUUGAGCAACAAAGAAAAAUGGAAAAUGACAAGUCCAAUGCCUCUUUAUCAAACCAUAUCGAUCCUUCCUCUCCAUCAGAGAAAUCAAAGCAGCAAUCACCCAAAAAUGAAAAACCAGAAGCUGCGGAGCUUGAUCUGACCCAAACAGGAACAAAUACUGGUAAUGUAAACGCUACAUUUGUUGAAAGUCCCCAGAAUUCAAGCAAGAAGCAGAAGUCCCCAGAAACCGAUGCUGUUGACCUGGAUGAUGAUGAAUCAAGUCACACUAACACAAAACGAGCAAGAAUGAACGACACAGCAGAAUGUUCAGUGAAAUCUGCAUCUGACUGAUCACCCUGUAGACUUGACAUUGGUUGGUCUAUAUUUCUCAUUUAGACAUAAGAUUAUUCAAUUUAGGAGUUUUUAACAGUCAGGCUUUACUAUUUCAUAUUAACAAAGACAGGAAGACUCAGAUUUCAAUGUUAUGUUGAAUGUGGGAUUGAAUUUGCACUGAAAGCUGACAGUAGAAUUUGUAACUUUUGUGUCUCUUCUUCCUAGAAUAAUGGUUCACGUAAGGUGACUGUUUAUAUGUAUAGAGAUACAACUAAUUUGAACCUCA